AUGGAAGAAGAGGGUACUCCCACUGUAAGUUUAGUAUCAUGUAUGCACUUUGUGAGACGUGGAAUAGCGAAAUCAGUGCCAGAAAAGAUUGAACUGACAGAAAAUGAAUUAGAAAAAAUUAUAAAGCAGACUGCUGAAGACCUUCGUUUAACAGAAGCAGGAGAUGACCAAAGUGGCGAAGAAGAUGAAGCUGCACCGAGUAUAAGGGAGCCUCCAGCAAACCCCAAUGAUGAGUUUGAUUUUGAACAUUACGACCAAGAAGAUUCAAGUAACCCCGUCGGUAUAGGUACUAUAGCAACUCUACCAAACUUAGGUGAUCUCAGUGAAAACAUACAAAUCAGAACAGAAGGUCCAGAUAGUGAUGAAGAAGAUGACAUCAUUAAGCCCGACGACAACUUAUUACUUGUGGGACAUGUCGAAACAGAUGCCAGUGUCUUAGAAGUAUAUAUUUUCAACAAAGAAGAGGGUUCAUUCUAUGUUCAUCAUGAUAUAAUCCUGCCGUGGUUCCCGCUGUGUAUAGAGUGGCUCAGUCAUGACCCUUCAGAUCCACAACCAGGCAAUCUGUGCGCUCUCGGUGGUAUGGACCCAGUGAUACAAGUGUGGGAUUUGGACAUUGAAAACUGUUUGGAACCGGCUUUCAAGCUCGGCAGGAAACCGAAUAAGAAGAAAAAAACAAAAAGAAUUGGUCACAAAGACGCUGUUCUGGAUCUGUCUUGGAAUACGAACUUUUCUCACGUUUUAGCGAGUGGCUCCGCAGACAACACUGUUCUGUUGUGGGAUCUCGAUCAAGGCUUACCACACACUAAACUAACCUAUUUUGAAGACAAAGUUCAGUCCCUAUCGUUCCACCCUCUUGAAGCCCAGACCCUUUUAUCUGGUUGUUGUGAUGGUCGCGCGCGUGUGUCUGACUGUCGCGACGAAGCAGCCUACCGUACUUGGAGCCUUCCCACUGAGAUAGAAAGAGUGCACUGGGAUAGGAAUCAGCCGUUCUGCUUCGCGAUGAGCAAUAAUAUCGGUAAAGUAGCGUACGUGGACGUCAGACAGGAAGAACCGUUGUGGACCAUUGACGCGCAUCAGAAAGAAGUCACAGGUCUCAUUUUAAGUGAAAAGGUCCCAGGGUUGAUGAUAACUGUCGGUUCGGAUGAAAAACUCAAAUGCUGGGAUAUUACCGGUCCCACACCCCUACAAAUCAGUGAGCGCACCAACAGGGUAGGGCAGGCUCUAUGCGCCGCUCAGUGUCCCGAGGCUCCGUUCGCCGUAGCGGUGGGCGGAGACAACAAGGAGUGCUACAUCGAGAUGGUGGAUCUCACUAAUAAUGAUGAAGGUACUCGUAGCACUUAG